GGCACUAUUUAGAACCAUUGCAUCAACCUUUAGCGUGCUGCAACGGAGAAGUAAUGCUGGCAUUUACCAUCUCCAAAAGUGCGGUGGCGCUGUGCAGACCAGCUCAGCUGGGUGUGGGAAGAGGAGGGAGGGAGAUGGUGGGGCGGUUGUGGAGGCGACUGGCCAGUGGGGAGGUCAGAACUGUGAGGGCCGUUCCUGUCGAGGGCAGCGGACUGAGGGCCAGGUUCGGCGGGGAUAACAUAGGCCGUGCUAUCCUGGGAGGCGGUGCUCUAUUUGGAGUUGGGAGUCUGUGUUUCUAUGGACUGGGACUGUCCAAUGAGGCCGGUGCCAUCGACAGAGCAAGGUUCUGGCCUGAAGCUGUUCGUCAGAGAGUCAGCAGCACGUACACCUCUUUUGCGAGUGGUCUUGGAGUGACGUCAGUGGCAGCGUUUGCAGCCACCAGAGCUACCUCAGUCAUGAGGUUCAUGGCUGGCCGGCCUAUGGCUUCGAUGCUCCUGUUUGGUGUGGGAUCCAUCGGAUCAGCCCUCCUCUGCUACUCAGUCCCUUACACUCCAGAGACUCUGCCUGCCAAGAUCGGGGCCUUCACCCUCUUCACCUCCAUCAUGGGACUCACCAUGGCACCUCUCGUCGCCUUUGCUGGUCCCCUGGUGGGUCGUGCAGCUCUCUACACGGCGGGAGUAGUGGGAGGUCUCAGUCUGACUGCUGCCUGUGCUCCCAGCGACAAGUACCUCAAGUGGGGCGGUCCUCUAGCCCUUGGACUUGGAGUCGUCUUUGUCUCUUCCAUUGGAGGGAUGUUUGCUGCACCUGGAGGAGCAAUAUUCUCGGCACUGCACACAGUCUACAUGUACGGAGGACUCGUGUUGUUUGGGGGAUUCCUUCUCUACGACACUCAGAAGAUAGUCCACCACGCGGAGCACGACCACCACUACGACCCCGUUAACAUGUUAGCAGCAUUCAGGGAGCCAACCAAGUCCCCAUUUUUUUUCGAAUCUCUCUUUGUAGUGAUUGGUCAUAAUUAUUAUGCCCCUAUGUUUGGUAUAAUAAUAUUAUAGUUAUUGGUCAUGUAUAAUAAUUAUGUAGGCAGUUUUGCAAUGAGUACUCAGACGGUAAAAGAAAAAGGAUGCUGUUAGACAUAGCCUAAAGUUAUAGGUAAACGUCUAGAUUUGUGCAUUACUCCAAAGUGGAGUCUCCUCUAUUUUGGCUCCAGGGAAAGUUGUGCAAUAUUGCCAUGAAUGGAACACUUGAGUCUGUGACUUUGUCAUGCCAAGAAUUAAUUGAUUAGCAAUCAAUUUUUGCAGUAGCUAAAGUAUUAGGUAUUGUUCUGUGUGCAUACCAACUCUUAUUGUUCCUGGGAACAAUGUAUGAUUGUGUGUGCAGGUCAAUGGGCAUCUACCUGGACACUGUCAAUAUCUUCAUCCGCAUCCUCAGCCUCAUGGCUGGCUCUGGAAACAAGAGACGCUAAACGUCAAAAACACAAAUUCUGCCUGCACGUUCCUUUAUUGUUGUGUUUAUUUUAGGUGUGUUUCAGUGACUGCUGUGAUGAUCGUAUUGCUGUGCUGCAAAUUUCAAAGUUCGAUCAUGGAUAAUAUCGUAUAUACAAGGCGUAAAGAUUAUCAAACCAUGUUGAUGAUGUCGG